CUGGUGCUGUACGAACAGACGGUGUAUUAUCAUGGCAUGUUAGAGCGGAAAGGCAAAGUGGAGAACAAUGCCACAUCUGGAUAAUAAAGAAGAAAAAUAAGCGCUUCCCGCUGGUUACCUAUUAAACAAGGGCUUGGCACAACGGGUAGCCUAUAUUUUUGAUCUGGCAGAUUUUAGACCGGAUGCCCUUCCUGACGCAAUCCCAAAGGGAUGUGUGUCUCCUCCUGGAAUCGAGGCAUGGAUUUUUCAGCCGAAAGAAACUAAAGUUUCUUGGCUCUAAAGUUGAAGCGUCGAGGUUUGAUGUUUGUACAUGCAUGUUAUACAUUCCGUCACACUGGUAUAUAAAAAGGGGAACUACACGAGGAAUCUAUCAGCGGAUGGGUGAAGUGUUCGUUCAGUCCAGCAGAGGAGGAGCAGGCUUUGAAUUACAGGCCACCCCCUAUCCAUCUCCCAGCCCCCCUACACAGAUGCAACAUUCAACGGAGGAAAAACGGAAAAGACGAAACACACAAGAAGGUUUAUCAUUUCAAAACUCCGGAGCUGUGGAAAGAACAGAGAGUUCCUUUUUAACCCCACACUCACCCGCUUUUGUCCCACCAGAAGCCCGGCCCUCCAGGCCUUUUAUUUUCACACUUUGCCCAUCUUUUCCCCAGCUGUUUGCAGCUGGCAAAAAAGCACCCGCCCUGUUCGGGAAAAAGUGGACCGAGAGUGACCGGAGGAGGAGAGAGAACGAUGCCACCCGAACCUCCCCAGCCGCAGGUGAGGGGGAACAUCCUGAAGUUCCUCAGGAGUUUUAUGGGAAUUACGCGGAUCCUGCAGAUCGUGUUCGGAGCCUGCCUGUGGGUAACCAUCGCCGCCAACAAAUACGGGGGGUCUAUCCACUUCGUGCUGUUCGUCGCUGUCUUCUUUUGGCUCCUCACCCUGGCCCUUUUCUUCCUCACCCUGCUGGACAAGCAGGACCUCGUGCCUUUGCUGGGAGGGGAUCGCUGGUCGUGCACCAACCUGGCGCACGACGUGGUCGCCGCGGUGCUCUACCUGCCGGCCAUUGGCGUCAUGUUCCACAAUACCAAUCGAAACUCAUUCUGCAACUUGCCUCAGUACAUCCAUCCAUGUCUGUACAAAGUCUACCUGACAGCCGCUGUGUUCGCCUGCUUCUGCUGGCUGGCUUACCUCCUGUCCGUUAUUUUUGGAGCGUGCAGAAAGUGUCAAAGAGGGUGAAAUGUUGAGCAGCGUGGAAGCUUAAGGGUGGUCAUGGCAAGAUGAGGAAUAGUUAACGUCACUGUAAUUUCACUCAGCGGUUACUCUAAUCUCUGUUUUCUCCUCUCUCUUAACAAUCCACGGUGGUGGUGAAACAGGAUCGGCCACCGUUUUCUCGGUGUGUGUUUGAUGGUUACUAACAUGAAAGAGACCUGUUGGUAUGGUGGCUAAGUGCCGUGUAUUGUCUCCUUGUUAAACUCAACAAUAGCCUUUGUAGUUAUGAAGACUCUUAUAAUAUUAAUGUAUGGACUUGUUAUUGUGGCCUAGCAGUAUAUUUAGUGGUAACAGUGAAAUGGCCUUAACAUAGCCUACAUUUUGCAGAUUACGGUACUAUUGAUACUUGUUAACAGUCCACCUUAAACUUUUUUUAAAUAGAAUUGCUACAGUUGUUUUAACAGGGGUUUAUUUUCAUUACCUUUUUAAAUAUAUUUUUAUGUUUACUUAUUUUUUACUAAAAGGUUGGACUGAAAAAUCAGUUUGUUUGUUUGUUUGU